AUGGACGAACAAAGUAAAAAUGCUGAUAUAGAUGAUUUAGAAUAUGAUUGUGGUAAAGUAUUGUUUAGCUUUGGUGACGAUUCACACAGCAUGUCUGCAGAGUCGCCGCGGCACGUGCGGUCGGGCGGGCCGCUUAUCGUGCCGUCUCAACCCCCAAGUGACCGCAGCAUUAUCGACGCUGUCUCUGGGUUUAUUAAUGACGUAACACUCUCGUCCUCCUCCACCGUCGACCCCAAAGACGUGAUUCAAUGGGCGAGGUUUGAGUCAGCAGAUAUAAACGAACCAAGACCAGAAGGAGACAGCGAUAGUGACCUAUCACCUUUACUCCUAAUCUUGGGCUAUGGUGCUGGGGUCCAAUGCUGGCUGAUUCCUCCCUCAGGAGAGGCGCAAGAAGUGUUGUCAUGGCGACAAGGCACAGUGAGGGUGCUCCGUAUACUGCCUACACCGCAGCACGGCGACUGCUUUGCAUCGAAGAGGCCCCUCAUCGCCUUGUGCGACUCUGCAAGUCCUGGACCUACAUUCUGCUCGCUUAGUUUUAUUUCAAUUAGAGGUGGUGAACAGGUGAAAAGCAUAAAGUUUAAGAAUCCAAUACUCGAUGUGUUGGCUAACAAGCGUUCCGUGGUAAUCUCUUUCUCGGAGCGUUUCGCAGUCUUCGAUGCAGCUACGCUCGAAGAUCGCAUGUCCGUCACUACUUGCUACCCGUGCCCGUGUCCUUUAGGCGGCAGCUUGCCCGUAAACCCCCUCGCCUUGGGCGACAGAUGGCUGGCAUAUGCUGACAAGAAGCUCAAUCAAUCAAAGAGGAGCAGUGGGGGGUGUGAAGGUGAAGGCGUGACCAGCUAUACGGCUACCGUGCUGCAUGCUGCGAAAUCCCUAAGCAAAGGUCUCCGAGGACUGGGCGAGAGUGUGGCACAUAGUCUAGCAGGUGGCCGCAGUACCUCACAGUCUCCUUCACCUCCAAAUACCGAUAUACAACAGCCGGGAGUUAUCACUAUACUGGAUAUUGAGGGUAAUGAGGAAGAAGACGGCCAAGAUAACGAAGAGCCAUUCGAUCCGAUUGUGGCUCAUUUCGUAGCACACUCUGAAGCGAUUAUAGCCUUGAAGUUCGACGCGAGCGGCAUGUUGUUGGUGACGGCCGACAGACGAGGCCACGAUUUCCACGUGUUUAGGAUCAACCCACACCCUUUCGGGCCCAGCCUCGCCUCUGUGCAUCAUCUCUACAUACUGCACAGGGGUGACACCACGGCCAAAGUGCAGGACAUGGCGAUAUCGUGCGACUCCCGCUGGGCGGCGGUGUCGACGCUGCGCGGCACGACGCACGUGUUCGCCAUCAGCCCGUACGGCGGCGUGUGCGGCGUGCGCACGCACACGGCGCCGCGCGUCGUCAACCGCCUGUCGCGCUUCCACCGCUCCGCCGGCCUGCCCAUACACGCCGCCGCCAAGCGCGCCUCGCCCAGCGCGGUUGCGGACAGCAUGGCUCAGGGCGCGUGGUACCCUAACCCACGGCUACCGCCGUACCCGUUGCCCACUACUGUGUCACCGCUCGCACAGUUGCGUCCUACCGCCAAUAUUCCUACACACACCAUCACUAGGACUAGCUCGGGGCGGCAGCGGCUGUCGUCGCUGUCGGAGGACAGCAACGCGGCGCCGCUGCUGGCGCGGGCGCGCUUCGGGCCGCCGCCCGUGGGCUGCGCGCGCGCACCCGCGCCCGUGGCCUCGCUCUACCUCAUGGCGGCCAACGGCGCGCUGCUGCACCUGCUGCUGCACCCUAAGCCGAUGUCCAGCAUACCCAAGGAGAAGAUCAGCGACGAUUCGAACAUCGAGCUGGAGGUGUCGAGCGUGGCGCAGUGGCCGCUGCAGCGCCCCGCCGCCGCCGCCGACCUGCUGGCGCCGCUGCCCCCCUCCAACCCGCUGCUGCAGCCGCAGACAAGUCGGAGAUGUCCCGACAUAUGUAUGAGCGAGGAAGAGCGUUGGUUGUCUCAAGUCGAGAUAGUGACGCACGCUGGACCACACCGACGGCUGUGGAUGGGGCCACAAUUCGUCUUUAAAACUUACAAUUGUACCGGGUCGAGCUCGUCGCUGUCGGAGGCGGAGACGGUGGAGGUGGACGCGGGCGGGCCGGCGCGCUCCAACCCGGUGAACAUGCCGGGCGUCAGGCCCGUCGUGCCCGUGCUCAUCGACUCCGGCUCGGCCAGUUCCUUGGAGCACUCUCCGUCAGACAGUUUCCGUCGCAAGUCUCUCCUGGCCGAAACUGGGCGCGCCCCCUCCGUGUGUGACGUGCAACUUAGAGAAGAUCUCGCCGAGGCCAUGAAAGAGGAUCACGGGGCGGCGAUCGCGCGGUCAACGGAUGCGCGGAAGUCGGAGCGGGCGUGGACCGUGGAUCCGCUCGGCUGCGUGGUGCAGCCCGCCCCCACCGCGCCCGUCGAGCCCGUGGAGCUGUACGCCAGCUCCAACUGCGACGAGGCCACGUUCCGGCCCGUGCUGCGCGCGCCCGCGCCGCUGGCGGCCCGGCCCGAGGCCGCGGCGCGGGCGCUGCCGCUCACCACCACCAUCCCCGUGCAGAGCGUGGCGCCGCCGCAGUCGCUGCACACGCCGCCCGACGCGCAGCCCCUGUCCACCGCCGUGGUCAUUCCCGCCGCUCUCUCCGAGCUGGAACAUUGUAAUUUAGAUAUUAGCGUAAGCGAGGAGGUACGCGAGAAGAUGCAUGCUAGGCAGAAUAUUAGAGAAUCGGCGAGUGCCGAACGAGAGAGCGAGAGACCUCCCGAGACACUGCCAAAAUCGAGGAUGUCGGGUGAUAUUCACCCGACCGUCGAAUCUAGAGUUAAGAUAUCUCCCACCCCGAAGUCAGAUAGUGAUAAAGUCGCAGGCGACAAUAGCAAUAAGAAUAGCAAAUCUAGAGUAAGAGGAAGCUCUCGCUCUCAGGACUUCGGCGAGCUUGCGAGGGCUUCCACGCUAACUAAAAUUGAGCCGCAACAGGACCUUGAGAGUUCAUUAAAAGUAGAAAAAUUUAAAAAUAUAGAGCCUGAGGUACCGCUAAAAGUAGAACAUGAAAAGAAAGUGGAGUCCGAGUUUUCUAUAACAGUUGAAAAACCCAAAAAGGUAGAAUCUGUUAAAGCGGAAAAAGCAAAAACGGAGCCUGUUUCGAAGGAAUCUGUUAUAAAGGAGUGUACAAUAAGCCAGACAAUCAUUGCAAAAUCAAUACGCGGUGCAUCGAUCCCAAAAGAAUCAACAUCAAAGGAUGCCAUAAACAAAAAGCCUAUUUCUAAGGAUUCCGUUGGUAUAGAGUCCAUUUUUAACGAUUCUGGUAUAGUUACAGAUACUCCCGAGGAAACAUCGUCGAUUUGUGCUCCAUUAAAACUUUCGAAUAAGAAUAAGUCAGACCGCAAGAUAUUAAAAGAAAAAGUAGAAAAGAAAGAUGUUUCAAAAGAUGACAUAAAAACAGAGGAACAAGCUUGGGAUAUGCUUUGGCACGUGUCGGAGAAAACUAUUUCACGUAGUAGUUUACCACCAGUAGACGAUAAAGUUAAUGAGGAAAUUAAACCGAAAUCUAAAAGAAUUCGAAAAGGUAGAAAGCCUCAGGAAGAUUUUCAUGCGAAAGAAGAGGAAGAUACGUUUGUUGAAAUACAUGCUAUUGAAGAUAAACAACAACAACCUAGCGGUGAAUUAGUAGAAAUUUCAACUCCAUAUGAAGAAUUAGAACCAGUAUCGUACUUGGCUAAAGCGAAAAAGGCGAGAUCCCCUAAAAGUGUUACACCGGAGAGGAAAAUUAUAUUUGAGGCUAAAGAUAAACAUAUUUGGGGUCUAGAAACAGAAAUUACAACCGCACCUAAAUAUAAUAGAAACGACGACAAUGUAUCUGAUGUCGCAUUCAUACCUAAAAGUAAUAUAAAAGCGAAACCGAAAGUAAAAGAACCAGACGCCCUUCAAAUAGAUUCCCUUAAAGUGAUUGAUGUAGAUUCGGAAUGUUCUGUAUCAGUAAUAGAUUCAGCUAAACCCAAGAAAAGUAAAUCGCCAUCGCCAUAUUCCGAUCGCAAAUUAGAAAAACGUUACGAUAAUGAAGUGAAAGAUGUAUAUGUAAUAGAUACAAUGAAAGAUGAGUUUCCAGAAAUACAAAUAACUAAAGGAGUUCUCCCUGGGACUAAGACACGUAAGAAGUCUCUUCAACCUGGGGCAAGUCAGGAAGUGGAAGUAAUUGAAAAGCCCAUAAAAUCUUGGAGUUCCAUAGCUGCGUCUAAAAGUAACAAAAAAGAAGAAAUACCUAUUGAAAAUCCAAUUUUAUUAGAAAAUAAAGAAGACAAAACAAAGAAGGUAAGUGACGUUUUAGAUGUCGAAGAAGAAACGGGGUCUAUUUCAAAGGUGUCUCUACAGGAGAAGUUAAUAGAACUCUGCAAGCGAACUGAUAUCAUGGUAGCUGAGUGUGAUGCGCCUACAGAACUAAAUUUUGUUGAUGAACAUCAUUCGAUACUCGAUAUACCGACAUUAGAACCUUUAGGUUUCGGUUUAGACGGUUUCAAACUAGAAGUGAUGCAUGACAGUCUUUUAGACGUUGGUGAUUCGAAGAUAACAAGUCCUAUAUGUAAGCUUGAUAUAGACAGUAUAUUGUCAACUAUGAAUGAAGCAACUAGUAAAACUGUAAUGACGAGCGCUUUCAAUUUGAUAGAUUUAGAGAAAAUGCCUGUGAAAAAAGAGAGAGGUUUUAAUGUUGUCGAAAAUGACAAAAUAACUUCACAGGAAGUUAAGGUAGAUGAUGAUAAAUUUGAAGAUCAAGAUGUAGAGGUGAUGGAGAAAUCGUCAGAUGAUGAUAACGCAUCACCAGUAGUGUCUACUGAUAGCGACAAGGAGGAGAAAAAAUCAACCGGUGCUUCUAAUGUAACUAUGCCUUUUACCAAGCAAUCAUCUAAAUCUAAAAAAUCGCCAAUAACAACAGGCGGUCGUUACGAACCUGAACAAGAAGAAUUGUCAUCUUCGAGUUUUAGUUCAACAUCUCGCGCCUCUCUGGACCCGCCGUCGUCACCCACUCCCAGCUGCGGGGGAGACAAUCAGCUGCAUUUCCCUGGGGAUUCCAGCAGCUCGGUCUAA